GGCAAUUAAGGGUAAAGGGCGACAAAAAUAUUUGAUAAACUUUUCCCCCCUCUCCCUCCGCACUGAACAAGACGGGAAAAGAAGAAGGAGUUAUGGAGAAGUCGGUGGAACUACAAUCAAAGACUUUAUUUCUGACUGGCUGAGCAAAGAUUUGAUCUGGGACCGCAAAGGCAUCAAGUUUGAAAAUGAUGCAGAAAAAACAAAGCAAGAAGAGACGGUCCGGAGAAGCGUCCCCAACUCAAACGCGCAAAGCAUGAGGACUUAUCUCCGCCAAAUGACGCGCCGAUAGGAGGAAAGGCAAAAGUUUGGGAAUACCUUCGUGGAAAGUUUUUCCUACUUUUCGGACAAUAAACCAAGGACGCGAGAGAAAAAGAUCAGUAUCAGUCUGAUCUGAGUGUUGUCCCCCCCCCGGAGGACGAUGGGGGCCGCGCCGGGCUCGGGAUGGGAGGAAGGCGAGUUCGAGUUCAAGCUGGUGUUUGAGGAGGAUCCGCCGGCGCGCCGGAGCCAGGGGCCGUCCCCGGGGCGCGCUGCCGGGCCGGAGCGCGCCGCGGCCGGGGAGGACGGCGAGGGCGCCCCGCUGCAGCCGGAGCCGUCCGGCGGCGGAGACCCGGGACACUCAAUCAGCAUUCCCAGCCCGCCACAAUUAUCCAGCCAGCGGGCAGGGAUGCAUUCCCCACCUCCCCGGCGGGCCCCCAUCAGAGAGUUUAGCGGGACCUACGAGAGCCUGCCAGCACGAUCUGUACAGGUUUCAGAGUCCCGUGUUGUAGAGUGCCCAAGUAUCCAGAUAACUACCAUCUCACCUGAGGAUGAACCAGCACCCACCAUCCCCAGCUAUUGGGACAUGGGCAGCGGUGGCGGGUGGGACAGGGAGCGCCUCUACCUCCCGUUCCUAGACCCGUUUAGUUACCGGGACAGAUGCCCGGGAUCCCUCAGCCCCAGCCCCGCGUCCAGCCCAUCCUCCCGAGGGUGGCUUAGCCCUGCCUCCAGCUGCGACUCCCUGCUGGUGGAAGAGGAUGAGCUCAGUGAGUCCACCGUCAACUUUGGGCUGUCGCCGUCCUCAAGGCCGACGUCGCCUGGUGGUAAAAAACGCAGAAACUCACCGCUAGCCUCUCCCUGUACUUCACGGAGAGGCAGUUACUCAGAGGACCUACAGGGAUGCAACCUAGACGGCGGAGAGUCCAACUCUCACUCACAAGCCCCACCCAGUAGCUGUGAGCUCAGCAUCCCACAGAAAACCAGGAAGACUUCAUUGGAGCAGUUGUCUCCCAGGGAAGUGGAUCAGGAGCAGGCUCCGGGCCACAGCUCCCCCUGCCUGCUGUCGGAGACGCCGCAGACUCGGAGAGAGCCUCCCUCGCUGGGUAUGGACUAUCUCCCCGUGCCCCCCGCUCUGGCCUGGGGCAGAACCAGGGCGAGUGCUCACAGCCCUCUCUUCAGGUCUAACGCCCUGCCUCCGCUUGACUGGCCGCUACCGUCCCAGUUUGACCAGUUUGAGCUGCGGAUCGAGGUGCAGCCCCGUCCACACCACAGAGCACACUAUGAGACUGAGGGCAGCAGAGGAGCCGUCAAAGCCUCUCCGGCAGGGCAUCCUGUCGUCAAGCUGUGUGGAUACACAGAGAGGAAGCCGCUCUCACUGCAGGUUUUCGUUGGAACAGCUGACGACCGCUCAAUCAGGCCGCAUCCUUUCUAUCAGAUACACAGGGUGACGGGAAAGAUGGUCGGCACCGCCAGUCAUGAGAGCGUCCAGGCAGGGACAAAAGUGCUGGACAUCCCCCUCAACCCUGAGAACAACAUGACCGCGCUCAUCGAUUGUGCUGGCAUCCUGAAACUGAGAAACUCCGACAUCGAGCUGAGGAAAGGAGAAACAGACGUCGGGAGGAAAAACACGCGUGUCCGUUUGGUGUUUCGCACCCACCUUCCUGUAGCGCCCCCUGUGGGCCCCCCUGGACGGCUCCUGGCUCUGCAGGCGUCCUCUCUUCCCAUUGAAUGCUCCCAGCGUUCGGCUCAGGAGCUGCCCGUCGUCGAGUCUGUCAGUCUCACUUCCUGCUCUGUGGAAGGAGGGGAGGAGCUACUGCUGAGCGGUACCAACUUCCUGCCCAUCUCCAGAGUCCUUUUCAUGGAGAGAGGGACAGACGGUAAAUUACAGUGGGAGGAGGAGGCCUAUGUUGACCGGGACAACAGCAACGAGUGCCUGUUGUGUGUGAGGGUCCCAGCCUACAGCGACCUCUCCGUCAGCCGGCCCGUGUCCGUCAGUCUGUACGUCUCUAACGGGAAGAGAAAACGAAGCAGCACUCACUGCUUCAAAUAUUUGCCCGUUAUGUUCAAAGAGGAGGAUCCCCUGCUGUCCAGGCCCUCUGCUCCACCUCUGGAUGGGGGAAUUGUGUGUCCAGUAGGGGCUCCACCCAGGAUGGACCGGAGCUUCAAUGUGUCUGAUGAGCGAGGCAUUGGAUUCCACCUGCCCCCUUACCCCUCCACGUAUUCUCCCCCCUGCACGGCCAUGAGCUACCAUGAAGAGUACUGCUCCAAACCUGACGCUGCGGUCGAGGACCCUGGCGGGUCCAGGGCAGCCCUGUCCGAGCGUCACCCCAGUUUUGAGAACCUUGAGCUGGGCUUCACCGAGCUUCUUCCUCCCUUAUAUCCCCGGGGCCCGCAGCCUCCCUCCCCCUCCCCUUCUCCCUGGUUGGACUCUCCGUACCUCUCUUCAUCACCCUCCCCCUCCCACUCCUCCUCCCUCAGCCCCUUUCCCACUGGAAGUCCCAUCUCGAACUCCCCUCUUCCUCCCAUCCCCACCUCGCCUUACCCGCAGUACUCUGCUUAUCCUCAGGAGGUCUGUCCUUCCCCACCAACAAACCUCAACCCCUAUCACGACGUCUGCCCAGCACCUUACUCCCACUACGAGGGCUGGGACCCCCAGGGAAGGAUGCUGGGUAUGGGACAUGGGAGAGAGGGGGAUGCCAAGAUCCAGGAGUGCCCUUUAGAUUUUAACAGCUCUGCCUCGAUGCACCACCUUACAUUUGAAGAAGUGUCAGAGUUCAUCGGGGAGGACAUCCAGUCUUACCAAUCAAGUUCGCAUCUAAGCAACCAGCCGAACUGAGCUCAGAGCAGCUCCUGACCACAGUUUGAUGUCCAGCCUCUUUUUAAAUUCCUUAUGUACUUGGUAUUAAGAUGCAUUGCUGUGGUUACAUGUAAUAUUGACAGGGAACUUUGGUGACCAGGACACUGUUGCAGUUUUGACCACAGUUAACAGUUUUAUAAAGGGAGACAAAUGUUUUUAACAUGUCUUCAAUAUAAAUUAUGAAAAACAAACUGCUUUGGUUUGGAGUGUCUGUUUUUUUGUUGUUGUUUUUUAACAAUUAAAACCCCAAAUUUAAAUUGAGCCCAGAGUGGAAGCACUGAGGAAGACUUCACUUUAAAGGCUUUUUGAAUUAUUUACCAUAUCAUUUACCAUACCCCAAUAACUAUAGGAACUACUUCCCUUUGUAAAGUCACUCUAUGCUCCAAUAAGACUUCUGAGCACAUGGGAGCAUAUAUAUCACAAAACACCUCAUCUCAAGGCAGUGCAUGAACUGUGUAGUGAUGUGCUUCCUCCAUACGGUCAGAAGUGGAAUUGCUACACAGAGUUGCUUUAAACUAAGAGUUGUUAUUUUAAGACUGCAAUGGCAUAAGUGCAUAAGUGCAUGUGAUGGAAAGUUUUUGAUGAAUUGCUGCAGGAUUUAGAAACUAGUUUUGUUUAAUAGCUGCAAUUACCUCUGAUUUGUUUCUGUUAAAUUCAUGUCUAGUUUACUGAAAUAACUUUUCAUCUGAUAAAAUGACUUAAAAUAGCUCUACAGAAAAAAUGUGAUCAUGAAGUUGAAAAAUCAACUCGAGGAAAUGCUUCUUGGUACUACAGAUGCUGGCUGGAGUUCAGGUAAAGUGUUAAAACAAAAGGAAUUUCUGACAUCCUGACUUCUCAGAAGUGAGCGAGCUGCAAGUGUUGAAGUCUACUGGAUUGUCUCUCAGCAGAGCGGGUUUAUCUUGAAGAAUAGUCAGGACAAACUGAAAUCGGCAGCUGUUAUAGAUAUUACUCAUGUUGCUGCAACACUUUACAAGCCCUGUUUUCUGGUGUUUAUGCUUUCUCCAGUAAAAGGAACUGCAGCUACAAGAUGGAUAAAGUCUUUAAUUCCAACAAAACAGUGAAGGCAGUAAAAGUUCACCGACCUCACAAAAGGAAGCUGAAGCAGCAGUAUAUGGUUCCUUCACAGUUUUAUGGGGCUAUAUGGAUCAGCCUAACCAUACAUGGGCAUGCUGGGAGCUGGAGACUAACAAUCGUAAUGGUAGCAUAGAUCUUGCUGCUGUAGAGCCCUGAGGAUUUUUUUUUUAAAUGUUCUACUUACUUACUGCAGCUCCAGUGAAGCCAUAACUUCAUCUUGGCACUAACGUUUCCAUCUUUUUUUUCAUUUUCUUUUUCCUCUGGAUGCAGGAAAAGCAGUUGCACAUGGAAAGUUCAUGAACAUUCAAAAACAUCUGAAUGGAAAUUUCCCUGUUCCCUAAAAUACUCCUUUUCAAACAAUGCACAGUUGUAAGGCUGCAUCAUUUAGAUGUAUCUUUUAUUUCUUUAUCAAUGCACAUAACAACUAGAGUGUCACUGACUUAACCAAUUUAUGUAUAGAUAAAGAAGUGGUGGAUGAUGUGUGAUAUUAUAUUUAUCUGUAAUAUUUGAGUGGAAACGAGAUUGAAUAAGAAAAAAGCAUGAGAAGGACAAAAUGAAUGCAAAUGUAUAUACAGGAGUGGAUUUAUGCACUUUAAUACUUCGAUGCAGUAUACCAACGCUACAUAUGUUUUUAAUUAGACAUAGUCCAUAAUAUACAAAUUGCAAGAGGAUGUAUAAAUAUGCAGAAAGUAAACUCAAAUGGAAUAAAGACAACAGAAAAAGAUCAUGAAGAACUGUACAAAUGUGAGAUACAGAAUCUUAUGUUCUUUCUUAAAUAUCUAUUACUUUGAAAUUCCAGGUAAUUCAUUUUCACAUGUGAGAAAAGAAGAAGAGGAAGUCAAACUCUGUCAUGUUUUUUUUUCCUAA